UUUAACUUCUCCUGCUCCUCAGAAAAGAAGAAGCACCCCUCGGUUGUUUUAGGUUUGAGAACAUGGCAGAUGCAUGAUCCUAAAGCUUUUUAAUGCAUGAUGUGAUCUGUAGCUACGCUCUGCUGCUGCGUGGGGACGUGUCAGGACAUCUGGAGACGAUUAGAAGUCCAAACAAAGCAGCAGCCUGUGAGGACCUGCCUCUGAAGUUCAUUUGGGCUGAGUAUCAGAAACUGCGUAGCGUGGAAUAAUAAACAAGCAGAUGCUUUCAGAAUUUCAGCAGACUGCACUUCUCUCAGACCGUGCUCGGAUCGGACAGAAUUUCCUCUAAUUAUUAAUACGAACUGAAAGUGAUUAAGGAGGAAAAAGGAGGUUUGGAUGCUCAGGAUGUUCUUGAAACUCGUCCCCCUGCUGUUCCUGUUCCUGGGUGCAGCACAAGCUCAAAGAACCACCCAGGAUGUGUUCAUGAUGCAAUACUUCCAGAGACGACUGCAGGAGCUGGAGGAGCGUGUAAUCAGGUGUGACCAGGACCUCCAGACCGUCAACCACAAGAUGUACGACGUUUCGGCUGAGGUGCGAGGUCAGCUCCGCGGUGUAACCGCGCUAAAGACCGAGAUGCAGGGACACAUGGAGAAUCUGGCUUUGCGAGUGGACCGCGUGGAGAGAGACGUGGAGUAUCUCCAGAACAAAAUCCCGGAACUGUCGGAGGUGGAGAUAGCAGAGUCUGUGCUGGAGGAGCAGGUGAAAGAAGCCAAGGAGAAGAAGAAAGCUGCCAUCCCGCAGAACAAAGACUGCAGCUCUCAGCUCACCGGCAUCAAGUCCCAGAAAAUCGUCAAGAAAGCUGGAGACCUGAACGGCUCCUGGAUGAGGGACCCCACCAAAGGAUCCUCAAGGAUCUACUUCUUCAGCGGCUCCAGGAACCGAACUCUGCUGGAGUUUGUCUCGAUGAAGACCUUCACUGACACUAACUGGACCAGAAUGGCUGAGGCCAUCCUGCUGCCUCUGCCCUGGCAGGGGACGGGGAGCGUGGUCCACGACGGCUUCAUCUACUACCACCACGCCGACACGAGAAACGAGGUGCUGAAAGUGCACCUCCUCAACCGCACCGUGGUUGACCGCAUGCUGCUGCCCGGCGCUGGACGCAUGCCGGCCUACGGCCUCUCCCCUCACACUCUGCUGGACCUGGCUGUGGACGAGAUGGGUCUCUGGGCCGUCCACGCUGACCCAGACUUUGGGGGGAACCUGGUGCUCACCAAGCUGGACUCCAACAGCCUGUCCGUGGAGCACACCUGGGACACCACCUGCAAAAGUGACGAGGCAGAAGGGGCUUUUAUCAUCUGCGGCACCAUGUACGUGGUCUACAACUCGCAGUCUGGUGGACGUUCCACCAUUAAGUGCUUGUUUGACAUCCAUGACACCCUUCUAACCGACGAAGUGCCUUCGAUUUACUUCCCGAAGCGUUACACCAGCCACUCUGGCAUGCAGUACCACCCCAAAGAGAAGCAAGUCUACGCCUGGGAUGAUGGAUACCAGACCACUUACAAGCUGGACCUAAAGAAAAAAAAACAAGCCACCUAAAUCAGCAAGAAAUAGCAUACAUUUCUACGUAUGUGUUAUAACUGAUUAUUAAUGAUUUUUAAGGCGUUUACAACCUAAUUAAUAACCAUUAAUAAACUAAUUGUAAACCAUUUAUAAACCCUUUAUAAAGGUCUAAAGGUAAAAGUCUUAUUUUAAAGUGGUACCACAAUAUGUUUUACAAAGAAACAUAUUGUGUGGCCUCAGUAUAUUAUCUUGUGGCCAUGCUAUGAGAUAAUAUAUAUAAUAGUAUGUUUGGCCGUUUCCAUUUCCAUGAUAUUCAGGUAUGCUGUUACCAAUCAAAUGGACAAAAUUAUGUUUUUUUUUUUUAGACAGUAAAAACCUACAUAGACACACACACACACACACACACACACACACACAAACCUCAGGUCAGCAUACGAAGGCAUUCUAUUCUAUUUGUUACUCUGUCUUUUCCUGCCCUCUGCUGGUCAGUCAGCUCCAGUGCUGGUAAAGGGGCACUCAUUAAUACGUUUAUCAUUAUUAAUUCUACAGGUAUAUGUGUGGGAAUUGGUGAAGUGUUUUGACGUAACACAUUACUAAUGUUAUUAAUAAAGAGCAUUUAAAUAAAAAGUGAUUUAUUGGUGCAUAAUCUCUCUCUCUUUCUCUCUUUCUCUCUCUCUCUCUCAUCAGAU